UACUAGUUAAUACAUGAUUCCUUUUAUCAUUUAUGAGGGAAAGAAGUGAAAUCAGGAAUUCAAGAAUAUCCUCAGAGUAAUAAAUAUUAUUUUGCUCUAUGCCCCCAACCCAACGAACAUUUUUAUGGUUUUUGUUUGUAUUUUGAUUUGAUAUCAACUGUACAAGAGAUCCAUAUUAAAAUAAAAUAUUGCUUUAUUCAUAAAAAAGACUGCUACAGAUCGAAGGGAAUUUCCCUCUAUUUUCUAAUGAAUUUCAAUCAGAAUACUAGCAUAGAUUUAUCAGUAGGAAGAGAAGAAAUUAAAUUAAGAAUGUCAUCUGAAACUGCAGGUAGUACUGACAACGAAACAUCUGAACCGUUCGUGGUAACAAGAAGAAAAGGCGGCUGGGCAGAUGAAGGAACCAAAUCCGCUAAAACGUCCAGAUCUACCACUUUCUUUGAACAGAAGAGGUUCCAAGAUGAGAAACAAGACUCUGAUGAUGAUAUCCCUGUAAUUCCAGAUAUUGAUGAUUUACCAUAUGAUUCUCCAAAUUUACAAGAUGUUAAUAUACCUAAUGUUUCAGUCAAAAAAGCAACAUAUAAAGAAAUAGAUAAAGACAAUAAACUAGAAAACCUUAAAAUUGGUGAUGCAAAUUUUGGCAAUAUUGGAGAUAUCGAUUUGACCCUCUUAACAAAUAAACUGUAUCCUGAAUUUGAGGUGAAAAAUAUUGAUGAAGAAUGGACCCUGAAUAGCCUUGCAUUAGAUUUGGCCAGAAACCUAGAAAAGCUUUAAGUGUAUAUGAUAUACAUUUUUGCUGUGAAAAUAAAAUAGUAUUUAUCUUAUUUAAUAUUAGUUCAUAGAUUGAUUCUAUAAACAAACAAUACAAUCAAUUUUACAUUGAUCGGAAAGAACAUAUAUUUAUUGUCAUAUACAUAUUAAGAUAUGUAAUAAUCUUUUUAAAUUGACUGGUCACAUGAAAAUUGACAGUAGUAAGUAGAUCAACAAUAAAUUACACACUUAAAAAAUAAAUGUAUUACAAUUA